CAGGCCGAGGCGCCGCCCGCCGCCGUCUUCUCCCACUUCAAGGCCUGCAUCCGCUCCAACGCCAUCAACUCGGCCGACAUCGCCUUUUACUUUGCGCACUGGCUCACGGACCUCGCCGGCGCCGAGCCCACGCCGCUGCGCGGCUCGGAAAAGUUCUGCCUCCGCUUCCCGCACGGCGUCCUCGCCUCCUUCAUCGAGUCCUUCCCCAUCGUCGGCCAGCUCGCCCAGCAGAGCGAGACCGAGGUCUUCGAGGGGUACCUGAGGCAGCGCUGGAGGGACGCGCCGCGCGCGCUCGGCCCCGAGCCGCGCGGGCCGCACGCGGUCGCCCUCUGCCGCCUCAUCGUGCAGGCGCAGCACGAGGCUGCGCAGAAGGGCGUCUUCGAGGCCUUUUGGCGGCUGCAGGAGGCGGACCGCGCGGUGCUCGAGCUCGAGAUGGCGCAGACGGGGCUCCCGCAGCAGACCUACUCGCUCGCGCGCGGCUGCCCGAAGCUCGGCCCCGCCUUCCUCAUCUACUACUCGCCCGCGCUGCUGCAGACGCUCGGCGCAGAGCACGGCGAGGUGGCGCUGCGCAUCCUGGCGGAGAUCUACCGCCAGGCGCGCGCCAUCUGGCCCGACGACGGCGGAAGCGGCUCGGGCUGCAGCACGGUCACUUUGCGGAUCGAUGUCCUCAAGGACAGGACGGUGGAGGCGAUCCAGCAGGUCUACACGUACGGCGAGGGCUGGUUCCUGACCAAGCUCAACGACCAGGAGGGCGUCAUCGAGAAGCGAUCGCUCGGGGAGGGCGACGCGUCGCGCCACGGGUACGCGAGCGUCCAUCGGAGAUUACUGGAGCUCUGGCGCACAUUCAGGGACGAGUGAGGAGUGAGGGGAGAGGUGCGGCAGCGAUUUGUGGGGGGGGCGCUUACCAUGGUGGAGAGUGUGUGUACAACUUGUCACUCAGAGAUCCAAGCACUUUCACUCCCCUGUACGCUGUAGCGACUACACUCUUUUAUAUGUGCUACUG